AUGUGGGCAGUUCGUGUCUCGCGAUUGCCGCCGGAAGGCGAGGACGGCGCCAACCAGUGUUGGGACCAAAUCUUUGCCCAACUCGAUGCUGCAAAGCAGGAGGCGGAGGUGGAUCCUGUUGGCAGGCUUCGAGCCGCGAGGGCCUCAGCAGAUGCCGCAAAGACCUUCAGGCAACCAGCAGAGGCAGCAGAGACAGCGACACACAGGCCCAAGUCGCCAGCUUUGCCGAGACCAUUGAGUGCCAGGAACCGACGGCAGCGAAGCCAGCUGAAGGUCGAGAACAGAUAUCGGCCAAAGCACGAGAAGGUCUUGGAGACUGGAUUCAGACUUGCCGUUGGAAAUUCCGGCCUUUUCGAUCCAAGCAGCGGGGUUCUCCAUCCGAAGAACUUUGGAACCUGGGACAAGAAUCGAUGUCACCUUCCCGAACGUCUUUGGCCUUGCCAAGGUGCCGUUGGAACCCUCUAUGAUGUCCAGCGAAGAGACAAGGUCGAUUGGAAACGAGGAAUGCCCCGAGGUCGCGACUUUGGCAUGGCUCUUGCGGAUGUGGGCACGGGGACAGGCGCUGAAGCCUUCAUUGCCAAAUACAUUCGCAAGCAGCGUGCCACCGUGAAGGCUGCUGGCCCAGAUGAUGAAGCGGACGUAGCCACAACCGUCCAUACUGACGACAGCAUACAUCAAGGCCGUCGCACUACUGUCCGAUGGUUGGGUGGACGUCCGGUGCAUCUUGAGUUCGGGGUUUAG